AUGGCUACCAAAGCUCCCGAGUUCCAGGCCACGGCCCUGGAGGCCAUUCCCAAGAUCGCCAGCCUCGCUCGCGGUCAGUUCCGCACUCACAAGACCAAGAACGUCGAAUGGCGCAAGACGCAGCUUCGCAAACUCUACUGGGCCCUCGAGGACUUCAAGCCCCAGCUCGUUGAGGCGCUCAAGAGCGAUCUUGGAAAGUCUAGCUUCGAGGCCCUCCUCACAGAGGUUGACUGGGUGAAGAAGGACUGCAUGUGGAUGCUCGACCAUCUCGACAGCUUUGUCAAGGACCAGAAGCUGGGCUCUCCCGAUGUCCCCGCCACUUAUUCCAUCAUGAACUUCCGCGUCAAGAAGGAGCCCCUCGGAACCGUCCUCAUCAUUGGCCCCUACAACUACCCCAUCCAGCUCCUUCUGUGCCCUCUUGUUGGCGCCAUCGCCGCCGGCUGUACCGCCGUCCUCAAGCCCUCCGAGCUCACCCCCGCGUGCGCCAUGUGGACCAAGGAGCUGAUCGAGAAGCGCCUCGACUCUGGAUCCUUCUCGGUUGUCAACGGUGCCAUCCCCGAGACCAACGCGCUCAUGACCGAGAAGUGGGACAAGAUUUUCUUCACCGGCAGCGCCCAGGUCGGCUCCAUCAUUGCCCAAAAGGCUGCCCAGACACUCACCCCCGUUGUCCUCGAGCUCGGCGGCAAGAACCCCGCCUUCAUCACCAAGAACUGCGGCAACUUGGCCCUGGCGGCCAGGAGACUCCUCUGGGGCAAGACCCAGAACGCCGGUCAGGUCUGCAUGUCCCAGAACUAUGUUCUCAUCGACAAGGACCUCGUGCCUACUUUUAUCGAGUUCCUCAAGGUCGCCUACAAGGACAUGUUCCCCAACGGUGCCAAGGCCAGCCCCGAUCUUUCGCGCAUUGUGAACAAGAGGCACUUCCACCGCAUCAAGAAGAUGUUGGAUGACACCCAGGGCAAGAUCGUCAUGGGUGGUGAGCUGGAUGAGAGUGAGCUGUACAUUGAGCCCACGGCUGUGCUGGUCAACUCUGUCAACGACUCGAUGAUGCAGGAGGAGUCUUUUGGUCCUAUUUUCUCCAUUUACCCGGUCAACACUUUGGAUGAGGCGCUCAACAUUGCCAACUUGAUCCACAAGACGCCUUUGUCGCUGUUUACUUUUGUUCUCAACGAGAUGACCUCGGGCGGUGCGACCAUCAACGACGGCUUCUUCCACGGCGCGGUCAACACGGUCCCCUUUGGCGGCGUUGGCGAUUCCGGCUGGGGUGCCUACCGCGGAAAGGCCUCCUUCGACUCCUUCACCCACUUCCGCACCAUCGCCGAGACGCCCGGCUGGGCCGAGAAGCUCAUCCGCGUGCGGUACAUGCCCUACGACUUCAAGGCCCUCGCCUUCCUCAACCGCCUCACCGAGAAGUCGCCCAACUUUGACCGCAGCGGCAAGGUCGUCAAGGGGUUCGGCUAUUGGAUCAAGUUUCUGUUUGGUCUGGGCGGCAAGAGCGCCAAAGGUGCGUUCUUGAGGUGGCUUGUUGUCUUGGUGGCUCACUACAUGUACACGAACCGAUCCUAA